AUGCAAAGAGAAUACCAAAAAGAGUAUGAAGGAACUAACGAAGAUGUUGUUCUAAAUAAGUCAAUAAUCAGGACAACAUCUAGUGUGUAUAAUCCAGUUGAAUUUUUAGAAUAUCUUGCAUCUCAAGAACAAUAUUUACCAAAUGUUAUAGAAGAAGUUCAGAAUCAAAUUGUAGGAUUAAAAAAUUCUCAAUCUCAUUCAAUACUAGAUUACCAAAAUAACGGUAUCAUAGAUGACAAUAUUUAUAGUAGCAAUAUUAAUAUUAUCACUAAUAAUAAUUUAAUAAAUCAAAAUCAAAAUAAUUUCAUCUCUACAGGAGAUAUUAACAAUAAUAUCAACGUUAGCAAUAAUGAUUAUAAUAACAAUCCACAACCACAACACACUCAAUUAGAUAAUAAUACAGCAGAAAAUAAUAGGCUUAAAUUAUCAAAUGUGCUGCUAACUCUAUCUCCAUUAUCUAAAUCUACGGAUCAGCAAUCUUUAAUACCAAGUAAAAAACCUAAACCUUACAAAGUAAAAUCAGGAGCAUUUAUAAUGUGUUUAGAAAUCUUUAUAUUAGGUGUAAUAAUACUUGUUUCAUGGAAAAUUACAGAUUUAACAGAUGGAAAUACAGCACUAUUCAAUAUCACCACAGGAAUUGGUACAAUUCCAAUUAUACAUAAUAAGACAACAACUAAUACAUAA